ACGUUCGGAGCACCAGAAGAAUUGGAGUUCACCAAAAUGGAUCCUGAUAUUCAUGAGAAUCUAUUGACGAAUGGUAAAGGACAAAAGGGUGUUCCUAGUGAGGAAAAGCUGAAGGACAGGUUAUGGAGUGAGACCAAGAAAAUGUGGGUGGUGGCUGGUCCGGCUAUAUUCACUAGAUGUUCAACCUUCGGUAUUACUGUCAUUAGCCAGGCAUUUAUUGGGCACAUUGGAGCUACAGAGCUUGCUGGAUAUGCUCUUGAUUCAACUGUCUUCCUGAGGUUUGUUAAUGGUAUCGUGUUGGGAAUGGCUAGUGGAUUAGAGACUCUGUGUGGGCAAGCGUAUGGUGCAAAUCAAUACCACAUGCUAGGCGUGUAUCUUCAAAGGUCCUGGAUGGUCCUAUUCACAUGCACGAUUUUCCUUGUCCCUUUGUUCUGCUUGACCACUCCGAUUUUGAAAGCUUUAGGCCAGGAUGAAGCCAUUGCAGAAGAGGCAGGCGUAAUUGCUCUCUGGUUUAUCCCCGUGGUGUUCUCCUUCAUUCCAUCCUUAACCUGCCAGAUGUUCCUACAGACUCAGAGCAAGAACAUGAUUAUUUCAUACUUGGCAUUUUGUUCGCUUUCACUCCAUAUCUUUCUCUCAUGGCUUUUGACAGUGAGAUACAAAUUUGGUAUUCCUGGGGCGAUGAUAUCUACCAUUUUAGCAUAUUGGCUUCCUAAUAUGGGCCAGCUUUCCUUUGUUAUGUGUGGAGGGUGCCGAGACACGUGGAAGGGUUUCUCAUUCUUGGCUUUCAAGGAUCUGUGGCCAAUCAUCAAGCUUUCUUUAUCAUCUGGUGCCAUGCUUUGUCUGGAACUAUGGUACAACACAGUUUUGAUUCUUCUAACGGGAAACAUGGAGAAUGCUGAGGUUGAAAUAAAUGCUCUCUCUAUUUGCCUCAACAUUAAUGGCUGGGAAAUGAUGUUAGCUUUUGGUUUCUUGGCUGCAGCUAGCGUACGGGUCUCAAAUGAACUUGGAAGAGGGAACUCAAAAGCUGCAAAAUUCUCAAUCGUGAACCUAGUGCUAACAUCGUUUGCCAUCGGAUUCACGUUUUUCAUUUUCUUCCUGUUCUUUCGGGGCCGCCUAGCUUACACAUUCACAGAUAGCAGUGAGGUAGCUGCUGCAGUUGCAGAAUUAUCGCCUCUUUUGGCAUGCUCCAUUCUUCUGAACAGUGUGCAGCCUGUUCUUUCUGGUGUUGCUGUUGGGGCUGGCUGGCAAAGCAUUGUCGCAUAUGUAAACAUUACAUGCUAUUACCUAGUAGGGAUUCCAGUGGGAGUAGUGCUCGGUUAUGUGUUCCAUAUGCAGGUCAAAGGUGUCUGGAUUGGUAUGUUGUUUGGCACAUUCGUUCAAACUAUUGUGCUCAUCGUAAUCACUUGCAAAACUGAUUGGGAUAAUCAGGUAUCCAUAGCUCGUAAACGAGUUAACAGGUGGUUUGUGGAAGCUGAGGAACCCAGUGCCAAUCAACAAGGUGUUUGAGAUGAUAUUUUCAUUCUUUUGCAUUAAAGCCCAAGAUGUGGGUUGCUACUAGCCUGUAGUUCAUGCAAAUAGCCUUCCAACCCAUUCUCUAGGAUGCGAACCUCAUGAGACAUUCUUGUUGUCGUGCUUGCUUGCUUGCGUUGUGCUCACCUUGUAUGCUCGAGCGUUCACGAGAGUGACGGGAAGAAAGAUUGUCUUCAGUGACUUGUGCUAGUGUUAAUAAGCAGUCUUUUCCUUCUCA